GACAAGUAUCUCUAUGCCAUGCGGCUCUCCGAUGAAACGCUGCUGGACAUCAUGGCUCGCUUCCGGAAGGAGAUGAAGAACGGCCUCUCCCGGGAUUUUAACCCAACCGCCACGAUCAAGAUGCUGCCAACCUUUGUCAGGUCCAUUCCCGACGGCUCGGAAAAGGGAGAUUUCAUUGCCUUGGAUCUUGGUGGGUCUUCCUUUCGGAUUCUCCGGGUGCAAGUGAAUCAUGACCAGCAUCAGAAUGUGCGCAUGGAGUCCGAGGUGUACGACACCCCUGAGAACAUCAUUCACGGCAGUGGAAGCCAGCUCUUCGAUCAUGUCGCUGAGUGCUUGGGAGACUUCAUGGAGAAAAAGAAAAUCAAAGACAAGAACUUGCCUGUGGGAUUCACAUUUUCCUUCCCCUGCCGACAAUCCAAAAUUGACGAGGCCAUCCUGAUCACCUGGACAAAGAGAUUUAAAGCGAGCGGAGUAGAGGGAGCAGAUGUGGUGGCGCUGCUGAACAAAGCCAUCAAAAAGCGAGGGAACUACGAUGCCAACAUCGUGGCCGUGGUGAAUGACACAGUGGGGACCAUGAUGACCUGUGGCUACGAUGACCAGCAGUGUGAAGUGGGCCUCAUCAUUGGCACUGGCACCAACGCCUGCUACAUGGAGGAACUCAGGCACAUUGACCUGGUGGAAGGCGACGAGGGGAGGAUGUGCAUCAACACGGAGUGGGGGGCCUUUGGGGACAACGGGUCUCUAGAAGACAUCCGGACCGAGUUUGACCGAGAGAUAGAUCGGGGCUCCCUCAAUCCUGGAAAGCAGCUGUUUGAGAAGAUGGUCAGCGGCAUGUACUUGGGGGAGCUGGUUCGGCUGAUCCUGGUCAAGAUGGCCAAGGAGGGUCUCCUGUUUGAAGGGCGGAUCACCCCGGAGCUGCUUACCAAAGGGAAGUUCAACACCAGUGACGUGUCAGCCAUCGAAAAGAAUAAAGAGGGCCUCCACAACGCCAAAGAGAUCCUGACCCGCCUGGGCGUGGAGCCGUCUUCGGACGACUGCAUCGCAGUGCAGCACGUGUGCACCAUCGUCUCCUUCCGCUCGGCCAACCUGGUGGCUGCCACCUUGGGCGCCAUCUUGAACCGCCUUCGCGAUAACAAGGGCACCCCCAGGCUGCGGACCACGGUUGGUGUCGACGGGUCUCUUUACAAGACGCACCCACAGUAUUCCCGGCGUUUCCACAAGACCCUGCGGCGCCUGGUGCCCGACUCCGAUGUGCGCUUCCUGCUGUCCGAGAGCGGCAGCGGCAAGGGCGCCGCCAUGGUGACCGCCGUGGCCUACCGCCUGGCCGAGCAGCACCGGCAGAUCGAGGAGACCCUGGUCCGCUUCCGCCUCACCAAGGAGACGCUGAUGGUGGUGAAGAAGCGGAUGCUGGAGGAGAUGGAGUUUGGGCUGAAGAAGAAGACAAACGACAAGGCCACCGUCAAAAUGCUGCCCUCCUUUGUCCGCAGCACCCCGGACGGGUCUGAGAACGGUGACUUCUUGGCCCUCGAUCUGGGCGGCACGAAUUUCCGUGUCUUGCUGGUGAAGAUCCGUAGCGGGAAGCGGAGAACAGUGGAAAUGCACAACAAGAUCUACGCCAUUCCCGUGGAGAUCAUGCAGGGCACCGGGGAGGAGCUCUUUGACCACAUUGUCUCCUGCAUCUCUGACUUCCUGGACUACAUGGGGAUCAAAGGCCCCAGAAUGCCGCUGGGCUUCACGUUCUCGUUCCCCUGCAAGCAGAUGAGCUUGGACGCGGGUAUUUUGAUCACCUGGACAAAGGGUUUUAAAGCGACCGACUGUGUGGGGCACGAUGUAGCCACCUUACUGAGGGACGCGGUCAAAAGGAGAGAGGAAUUUGACGUGGAUGUGGUCGCCGUGGUCAACGACACGGUGGGCACCAUGAUGACCUGCGCCUACGAGGAGCCCACCUGUGAGGUCGGACUCAUCGUGGGAACCGGCAGCAACGCAUGCUACAUGGAGGAAAUGAAGAAUAUUGAGAUGGUGCCCGGGACCAGCGGGCGGAUGUGUAUCAACAUGGAAUGGGGGGCCUUCGGGGACAACGGGUGUCUGGAUGAUAUUAGAACGAUAUAUGAUAAACUGGUGGAUGAAUAUUCCCUAAACUCGGGAAAGCAAAGGUUUGAGAAGAUGAUCAGUGGCCUGUACCUGGGCGAGAUCGUGCGCAACAUCCUGAUCGACUUCACCAAGAAGGGCUUUCUCUUCCGCGGGCAGAUCUCGGAGACCCUGAAGACGAGGGGCAUCUUUGAGACCAAGUUUCUCUCUCAGAUCGAGAGUGACCGGUUGGCGCUGCUCCAGGUCCGAGCCAUCCUCCAGCAGCUGGGGCUGAACAGCACCUGCGACGACAGUAUUCUCGUGAAGACCGUGUGUGGGGUCGUGUCCAGGAGGGCUGCGCAGCUGUGUGGCGCAGGCAUGGCCGCCGUGGUGGAUAAGAUCCGUGAGAACAGGGGGCUGGACCAUCUGAAUGUCACCGUGGGAGUGGAUGGGACCCUCUUCAAGCUUCAUCCACACUUCUCCAAAAUCAUGCACCAAACGGUGAAGGAACUGGCACCACAGUGCAACGUGUCCUUCCUGCUCUCCGAAGACGGCAGUGGCAAGGGCGCCGCGCUCAUCACGGCCGUGGGCGUGCGGCUCCGAGGAGAAACCCCCAUGAGCAACUGAGCGCCCGGGAGCCCGCCUGCCGCCCCUCCGGCGCUCAUCUCUUGCAGGGGCGCCCCCUCCCCCGUCCCUCCCAGCGAGCCGAGCUGGGGGGCGCGGGCGCCAGAGCUGCCACCGCGCAGCCGGAGGGACACAGAACCCAACUCAUGGCGUCUACAGUAGGAUACAAGUUAGCGUGUGUGCUGUUGGUAAUCCCUCACCCGCCCCGCCACUGCAUGAGUUGAUUUCCACCGGGUCGUGCGUUCCCCGCGUGCAAAGCCUAGUGACGCAUCUGCCCGACGGAGCUGUUGAUGCAAAGCCACGUCCUCGGCCGGGCCGCGGGGAUGCUGCUGACGCCCGAGCCCGGGACCCCUCCCCAGCGUGCAGUGCACCGUCACCAGCAGCUCUGCCGGGCUCCUGUGCACGCAGCGGGGCCGCGCCAGUCACCGCGACGUCCUGCACCCUGUUUGUCCCGUGGGGGCGGGGUGGGGGGGUGGCAAUCGUGUGGGCAAUGUCUCGUCUUCAUUUGGGUAAAAAGAACCAAGCAACCAACAGUGUCGUCACUGGAAUCGCCAUCGCUUUUGUGAGCCAUGUUGUGUGACCUAGUAAACUUUGUACCAACUCCA